AGUCACCAUCGAGAACCAGUAGGGAGAGAAGUUUAAAUCAGGGGGAUUUAAUGAGGUUGCUCUGUGCUUUCCCUGAAGCCAUGUCCUCCAGCAGCUCCUGCCCCCCCUCGUGCCUAGCCCUGGUGGCUCUCUUCUUGGCUCUGUUGCUCCAUUUCUCCCUCUCCUUCCACGCUGGAGACAGGAGACCCUUUCCUGUAGACAGAGCUACAGGUUUGAAGGAAAAGACCCUGAUUCUACUUGAUGUGAGCACCAAGAACCCAGUCAGGACAGUCAAUGAGAACUUCCUCUCUCUGCAGCUGGAUCCUUCCAUCAUUCAUGAUGGCUGGCUCGAUUUCUUAAGCUCCAAGCGUCUGGUGACCCUGGCCCGGGGACUCUCGCCCGCCUUUCUGCGCUUCGGGGGCAAAAGGACGGAUUUCCUGCAGUUCCAGAACCUGAGAAAUCCGGCGAAAAGCCGCGGGGGCCCGGGCCCGGAUUACUAUCUCAAAAACUAUGAGGAUGACAUUGUCCGGAGUGAUGUUGCCUUGGACAAACAGAAUGGCUGUAAGAUUGCCCAGCACCCUGAUAUUAUGCUGGAGCUCCAGAGAGAGAAGGCAGCUCAGAUGCAGCUGGUUCUUCUGAAGGAGCAAUUCUCCAAUACUUACAGUAACCUCAUAUUAACAGCCAGGUCUCUAGACAAACUUUAUAACUUUGCUGAUUGCUCUGGACUCCACCUGAUAUUUGCUCUAAAUGCACUGCGUCGUAAUCCCAAUAACUCCUGGAACAGUUCUAGUGCCCUGAGCCUGUUGAAGUACAGUGCCAGCAAAAAGUACAACAUUUCUUGGGAACUGGGUAAUGAGCCAAAUAACUAUCGGAGCAUGCAUGGCCGGGCGGUAAAUGGUAGCCAGUUGGGAAAGGAUUACAUCCAGCUGAAGAGCCUGCUGCAACCCAUCCGGAUUUACUCCAGGGCCAGCCUGUAUGGCCCCAAUAUUGGACGACCCAGAAAGAACGUCAUUGCUCUCCUAGAUGGGUUCAUGAAGGUGGCAGGAAGCACAGUAGAUGCAGUUACCUGGCAACAUUGCUACAUUGAUGGCCGGGUGGUCAAGGUGAUGGACUUCCUGAAAACUCGUCUGUUAGAUACACUCUCUGAUCAGAUUAGGAAGAUUCAGAAAGUGGUCAAUACAUACACUCCAGGAAAGAAGAUUUGGCUUGAAGGCGUAGUGACCACCUCAGCUGGAGGCACAAAUAAUCUAUCAGAUUCCUAUGCUGCAGGAUUUUUAUGGCUAAACACUUUAGGAAUGUUGGCCAAUCAGGGCAUUGAUGUUGUGAUACGACAUUCAUUUUUCGACCACGGAUACAACCAUCUGGUGGACCAGAAUUUUAACCCAUUACCAGACUACUGGCUUUCUCUCCUUUACAAGCGUCUGAUUGGCCCCAAAGUCCUGGCAGUGCACGUAGCUGGGCUCCAGCGGAAGCCACGGCCAGGAAGAGUCAUCCGAGACAAACUAAGGAUCUAUGCUCACUGCACAAACCACCACAACCACAACUAUGUCCGUGGCUCUAUUACACUUUUCAUCAUCAACCUACACCGAUCAAGAAAGAAAAUUAAACUGGCCGGGACUCUCAGGGACAAGCUCGUGCACCAGUACCUGCUGCAGCCCUAUGGGCAGGAAGGCCUAAAGUCCAAGUCAGUGCAGCUCAACGGCCAGCCCUUAGUGAUGGUGGACGACGGGACCCUUCCAGAACUGAAGCCCCGCCCCCUGCGGGCCGGCCGGACACUGGUCAUCCCUCCAGUCACCAUGGGCUUUUAUGUGGUCAAGAAUGUCAAUGCUUUGGCCUGCCGUUAUCGAUAAACCACCCUGUGUUCCUGAGCUGCUGGUGGGCCUGCUGGACUGCUUUCUACUCUUCCACCCUAGCACCCUUACUCCUCAACAUCUUCUUUAGCAACCAGCCUCUACUCCCAUGAUGCUGAGGCAACAUAGACUCCCCAAAGAUACAAAACAUCAUAGAGUGAGCUUAGCCUAGGUAGGUGGCAUCCGUCCCUGAGGAAAAUGUAGACAUCCUCUGUUCCUAUGCAAAGAUAAAGGCGUGUGUUCACACACAAACAGGCUGACAGCAAGUGUCCAGAGCAGUGUUUCCAAACAGCUGCCUAUGGUCCCGAUCAGCAGUGUAACCAGCUGCAACCCUCAGGCCCUAGCCUACUGCUGCUGCCCUCAGCAGAAGAUGAGGAGGGGAAAGCAAGGUGGGAGGGCUGCUGCAAAUCUAAUCCUUUUUUAAGUCCUCCUUUGUCUGUUUCCUGCUGCUGCCUUGGGUUUCCUGACACCUCUCUUCCCAGAGGGAGCAAAUGGGUGAGUCAGCGCUGGCCUGCUGGGUGAGCUGUUUAUAUAAUUUCCUGGCUGAUGUAUGAGUGUCUGCAUCUGGGUUUCUGACAAUGGCAUCCAUCACUGGCUGGUCCUCCGGGAAGCGGGUGCUUCCCAAGUAGAAUUACAGUCAUCCCCAGCAUU